UAAUAACUUAUGUUUUGAUUGCACUAAAUCUUUUUGCCACGAUCUUAAACGACUGUGAAUGCCCUGAUUCUUGUAUAACGGAAACUUUUUUGAUUGUUCUCUGGCCUAUCCCACCCCUUGGUUUUACGUCGCAUUACUUCUUGUCCAAUCACCGUUCCCCAAAUACUUUGCGCCUUCCAGGGCUAUAAGAACCCUUAAGACUUCGUCAAGUUGAGAAACACCUCCGUGGCGCACGGGGCCAGUGUGAGAGUGUAAUAAACGGCAUAUUUCAGCGAGGGAGUUUAAAAAACCACUAUUCCUGGAGCUUGAACUGGACCGAGGGACAAACGCCCGUCUUUUGUUCCUAUCCGAAAGGUGAUGUUUGAGGAAGAGACGAUGCAGGAGGAUUCGAGCUCCCCGGAGUCUCCAGUGGACAGCCUUGGUAACAGCGAAGAGGAGCUCGACAGGCAAACGAAAAGAUGUGGGAGGAAAAGAAGACCGAGCAGGAAAAGUGGGGAGGAUUCAGAUAGCCCUACCCAUGGGAAAAGGGGGAAAAAGUGCAGCAGCAGCCCACAGUCUUUUGAGGACCUUCAGACGCAGCGGGUCAUGGCUAACGUACGCGAAAGACAGAGGACGCAGUCACUCAACGAGGCUUUUGCCUCUUUGCGGAAAAUCAUCCCCACUUUGCCCUCUGACAAAUUAAGCAAAAUUCAGACGCUUAAGCUUGCGGCAAGGUACAUUGACUUCCUCUGCCAGGUUCUGCAGAGCGACGAGCUGGACUCCAAAAUGGCAAGCUGCAGCUACGUGGCUCACGAGAGACUGAGCUACGCGUUUUCCGUGUGGAGGAUGGAGGGCGCGUGGUCCAUGUCAACAUCCCACUAACUUCCUCGUGGAUACAGUGUUGGGCAACAUGAUGUAUCCAGAACGUCCGUGCUUGCGGAAUAGUGCAGAUCCUGUAGGCCUACGGUGGAAGGCAAACCUUGGAUAUUACUGGGGGAGAUUUUGGGGGCAUUGCGACUGAGCAGCGGGCAUCGUGGGGGAGCACUUACUACAGCGGAGACCUGCGGCUAUGGACAUGGAGCUACAUUCAGAUCUGUGUUUGAAAACUUUACUUUUCUUGACGAUGAAUGUUGGAGAUAUGUACUUCUAUACAGUAUGCAUGCUUUUCGACCAGUCGUGCCAAUUCAUACGAGGACAGAGAGACUACACCAGACCCGCCUCUUCCUAGCCGGGCUGACUCCGGAGACAGCCAUGAAGUGAAUAUUUUCAUAUUUAUUUUUGUAAAGAAACUCAUUUUUUUUGGCUCAUAUCUGUAUGACUUUCUUGAUGUUUUGCCUGGUCCCUGAAAUACAUACAUACAUAUAUUUAUUUAUUGAUAGGCCUACAUGUCACAAUGCAGAAUGGAUCUGGAGUCUAUGCAUUUAAUGACCUUGUUGUAUAUAUUUGUAUAUGUUCUGCAAUAAAAAACGAGUAUGAAUUCUAA